AUGGCAGACUUACAAGGACGCAAGGUGUUCAAGGUGUUUAACCAGGACUUCAUUGUCGAUGAACGAUAUAAUGUCACCAAGGAGUUGGGUCAGGGAGCCUACGGCAUCGUCUGUGCUGCUUCCAACAUCCAGAGCAACGAAGGCGUGGCCAUCAAGAAAGUUACAAAUGUCUUCAGCAAGCGGAUUCUGGCCAAACGUGCCCUGAGAGAGAUCAAGCUGCUACAGCACUUCCGUGGCCAUCGUAACAUUACCUGUCUCUAUGAUAUGGAUAUUCCACGACCAGAUAAUUUCAACGAGGUGUACUUAUAUGAAGAACUCAUGGAAUGCGACCUUGCAGCCAUUAUUCGAUCAGGACAACCCCUGACGGACGCUCAUUUCCAGUCUUUCAUCUACCAGAUUCUAUGUGGAUUAAAAUAUAUCCAUUCAGCCAACGUGCUGCAUCGAGAUUUGAAACCGGGUAACCUGUUAGUCAACGCCGACUGCGAGCUGAAGAUAUGCGAUUUUGGUCUUGCCCGUGGAUUCUCAAUUGAUCCCGAUGAAAAUGCUGGAUACAUGACCGAGUACGUUGCGACAAGAUGGUACCGUGCUCCCGAGAUCAUGUUGAGUUUCCCAAGCUACACCAAAGCUAUUGAUGUGUGGUCCGUUGGAUGUAUUCUGGCAGAGCUGCUUGGUGGACGACCUUUCUUCAAAGGCCGUGACUACGUCGACCAGCUAAACCAGAUCCUCCACUACCUUGGAACCCCUAGCGAAGAGACCCUCUGCCGCAUCGGCUCCCCACGCGCUCAAGAGUACGUUCGCAACCUACCUCACAUGCACAAACAGCCCUUCGCCAGACUAUUCCCCAACGCCAACCCGGAUGCUCUUGACCUCCUCGACCGAAUGCUCGCCUUUGACCCUUCAUCCCGUAUCAGCGUGGAAGAGGCCCUGGAGCACCGCUACCUGCACAUCUGGCAUGAUGCAAGUGACGAGCCCAACUGCCCUACUCCCUUUGACUUCCACUUCGAAGUCGUUGAUGACGUCCAGGAGAUGCGACGCAUGAUUCUUAAUGAAGUACAGCGUUUCCGCGACCACGUGCGCCAACCUUCUCAUAUUCAGGCUGCGCUUGCCCAGCAGCUUCAACCCCAGCAGACCAAUGUGCCCAUCCCAGAGGACAAGGGAGCCUGGAGACAUGAAGAUCCCCGUCCACAGGAAGCGGUGUUUGAUGGAACGAGCGAACACGAUCUUGAAGCGUCAUUACAUAGAGGCAUGGAUAUGAUCAGAUAA